GUUGGGCGGAAGCCAGCAGGCGAGCCUGGGGACUCAGCUCUGCUUCCUUUCAGGUGGGGGAUGGAGCCCCCAGGGGCAGGCGGGGCGGCCUCAGCCCCCUUCCGGCCCCAGGGGCUGCUGCCCCUGGCACACCUCUGCUGAUGUGACAUGGAGAACUUCCAGUACAGCGUCCAGCUGAGUGACCAGGACUGGGCUGAGUUCUCAGCCACUGCCGAUGAAUGUGGCCUUCUGCAGGCCAGCCUGGCCUCUGGAGACGAGCCCUUGUCCAGUGACAUUGACCAAGGGGACAGCAGUGGCAGCAGUCCCCCGGGGCCCCUGCCCCUCCUCUCUGGGCAGUUGGCUCCAGUGGGGAGCUGUUGGCAGGGCUGUGAGGAGGAAGACGACGUGGCAAGUCGGCGGCUGGUCAGCAGGUCUCUGUGCGAGCCUGCCCUGGCUCCAGGGCCCGGUCAGCAGACACUCGGCACGUCCGCACGGUCAAGAGCUUGGCCGCCCCUCGGCUCCGGCGCCACUGCUCCUGGACAGCGCUCAUCCCUGCUGGGGCCAGCGUUGGGACACGAGAUGCAGAGGCUUUUGCAGGGCCCGGUCCCCGGCCCCCCUGGCGAGCCCCCAAGGAGUCCGGAACCGACUGGAUGCAGCACUACCCUGCAGAGACCCCCAGACAGCCCUGGACCCCCACCCCGGAGCCCUGGCCGAAAGAAGAGGCGCACCAUGGGUGCCAAGGGGGGUGGGCGCGUGGGAGCCCUGGGCCCAGGUCCUGCCCAGCUGGGCCCCCUGCUGCCCACUGAAGCCAGCCUGGACGAAGGCCUUGGCCUGACUGGGCCCAAGGGGAAGGGACUCAGGGCGGGGACAGCAGCGUUGACAGCAGGAGCCGGGCAGGACCGGCUGCAGACAGACUCCAGAGGAGCUCCUGAGCUAAGCACGCGGCGAGAGCCGGACUUGAUGCUGCCGGCACCAGACUGUGUGCUGGAGGGCCCUGCAGGCCCAUUCAGGGCCCCCGUCAGGACUGAGCUGUGUCCAUCAUCCACACCUGUCAAGGAGGUCCACGCAGACAUUGCAAUGCCGAAGCCAGAUGUCACUCUGUCUACACCCGCCUCUGAGCCUCAACCCAACAUGGCUGGGUCUGCACCCGCCUCUGAGCCUCAACAUGACGUGGCUGGGUCUACACCCACAUCCAAGACUGAAUUCAAUGUGGCUGGGUCUAUACCCACCUCUGAGCCUCAACCUGACAUGGUUGGGUCUACACCCGCAUCCAAGACUCAACCUGAUGUGGCUGGGUCUACACCCGCAUCCAAGACUCAACCUGACAUGGCUGGGUCUACACCCGCCUCUGAGCCUCAACCUGGUGUGGCUGGGUCUACACCCGCCUCUGAGCCUCAACCUGGUGUGGCUGGGUCUACACCCGCCUCUGAGCCUCAACCUGACGUGGCUGGGUCUACACCUGCCUCUGAGCCUCAACCUGGCAUGGCUGGAUCUACACCCGCAUCCAAGUCUCAACCUGAUGUGGCUGGGUCUACACCUGCAUCCAAGACUCAACCCGAUGUGGCUGGGUCUACACCUGCCUCCGAGUCUAAACUGGAUAUGGAUCUGCCCACAGCUUGCCUUGUGGUCAAGCCAGAGGAUUUACCUACACCUGCCUCGGUGGCAGCGUUACCAACCGCUCCACCUCACUCCGUUUCCGAGGUGGAGUCGUACGUGGGUGUUUCUGCAGCUGCUCCCAGGGCAAACGCUGCAGCACCAUCCCCAGGCCCCUCUCCCCAGGCCGGGCUGCAGACGGGGGGUGCUGUCAGGGAGCAGGCCACAGGGGCGCCCUCGGCAGAGGCUCCUGCACAGCACUCGGGGGGGCCCUCCCUGGGUCCUGCUCCAGGUCCCAGGAGGAAGAAGGUGCGGUUCUCCGUGGCCACGCCCAGCCCUGGGGAGCCAGGGUCUGGAGGGGUCUUGAGCCCACGCUCGCCAGUCGCCAGGACCAUGGCUGGGGGCCGCCGGGGGCUGGGGACCUGGGACUCUGCGGCCAUUGGGACCCACCCCCCACAGCCUCGGAUCCUCAAGCACCUGCCGCCCCCUGCCCCCUCCUCCCCGGGAGGCUCGGGGCCUGGGAUGGGUUUUGCGGUGACUCUCCCGGAAGCCUACGAGUUCUUCUUCUGCGACACCAUCGAAGAGGGGGAUGAAGAUACAGAGGGGGAGGCAGUGGGCAGCCAGGCUCUGGCCGAGGCCCAGUGGCCAGACAUGUGUGAGUUCUUCUUCCGGGACUGCGGCAGCCAGAGGCCGAAGUCCCAGCAGGGCUCCCCGGCAGCCCCGGCCCCGAAGGCAGAGCCUGUGCCGGCCCCGCCCCCCGGAAGCCCUGUGCCCAUGUCCAUCCCCGAGGCCUAUGAACACUUCUUUGGAGAGGACAGAUGUGGGGGUGUGCUGGGGCCAUCUAGCCCACUUCAGCUGCACACUUUGGAGCCCCCCAGGCUGGCCCCCUGGGAACUGAGGCCUGGGCCCCCACCAAAGCCCAGCCCUGGAGCAGCGGAGCAGCUCAGCCUGGUGGUCCGGCAGGCAGGGGAGCUCCGGGGUCCCCUGACCUCGUUCACCUUCAGCCAAAAAGACAUGUGCCUAGUGUUUGUGGCCUUUGCCACGUGGGCUGUGAGGACCUCAGAUCUACAAACCCCAGACGCCUGGAAAACAGUCCUGCUGGCCAACAUCGGCACCAUCUCCGCCAUCCGCUACUUCCGUCGGCAGGUGGGGCAGGGGCGUUCCAGCCCCAGCCCCAGCCCCAGCCCCAGCUCCAGCCCCAGGCACAGCCGCAGCCGCAGCCCCAGCCCUGGCCGCAGCCCCAGCUCCUAGAAGCCAGCCCUAUCCCAGGAAGACGGGGACAAGACGACCACAGGUGCCCGGACAAGGUGCUGUCCUCGUCCUUGCCCUCUGACCCCAGGAGGGGCCAGUGGCCUUAGAUCCCACCUAAGGGUGCAGCCAGGGGUCAAGGCCAUGGUUGCUCCUCACACCUGGAAGGGAGGCAGUUUGGAAGUUGGGCACUGAGGGGUGGAGCAGGGGGGCCAGAUGAGCAAGCAGAAACUCGGGUGUCCGGUUAGACCUGAGUUCCAGACACGCCAUGCUGGGGAGUCCCUGCAGUUACUGAUCUGAAAGAAACUUUAGCUGGGCAUCCUGCAGAUGGCAGGCAGAGGUGCAGAGCAGCAAGGCCCCCGGGGUCCUGGCAGGGCUGGGACGCCCGUGUCUUCGAAGCUGCCUAUGGGUGCGUUCCAGGGACUCUGCCUGCACACACUGGGCUGGGCUGGCCGGGGCCUCUGAGGCCUCUCCCAUCCCAGAAUCCCCAGGGACCCUGGGCUGCAGCCAGAGCGAGCGAGCAGAAAAGAUGGUAUUGGAUGGGGGAAGGAUCCCUGGGACGGCCCCAGGGGCCCCUCGGGGCAGCUUGCUGGGGCUGAGGGUCUAGGUGAGUCGGAGGCGGGUUGGGAAGGUGGGUGAGGGCCGUGGUGGUAGAGCAGGGGCUGAGUGGGGCCUGGCCCAGGGCAGUGAGGGACCCCUGGCUGCUGGAAGGGAACAGAGCACCAAUAAAUCUCUUUCUUCCUGG